AUGGCGGCUUCACUAUCUCGUCUGUCAGAAGGUUUUUGCAGCAGUUGCAAGCGUAUAACGGAAUAUGAGUGCUUAAAAUGUAGUGUCAAAGUUUGUAAUGACUGCUCCACAUUUGAGGACAACGAAGACGUGCAAGGGUGGCGGAUGAGCAAAGCUGUAGGCUACUGCGAGGGAUGUUAUCUAACGAAAAGCGAUGAUGAAUCGAUUCAAUCGAAUGCAAGUGUAAAUCAGAGUAUGAACAACACAGGAAGCAAAUCUACUAAAGGCAAUAAAGACAAAGGUAGAAUACUGCAAAUUUUAAUCAAAAAGCAAGUUGAAAUGUUAAGACACAGUGCACGGUAUAUUACAUAUAUUUCUGAGACAAUUUCACUUUGGUGCAUAUUUAGUUAUGUACAGCUUAUUUACAAACAUCUGGAUACUCCAUCUGCAUUAUUACAUUUGUUUAGGCUAGUAAGCAACCGUUUGGCUAGUAUGAAAGCACAAGCUCAGUAACUCACUGGUUGGGGGCCAGAGUAGAUUCCAUAUAGAAUUUAGACCAUGGCAUUGGGUUGUGUCAUUGUCAGCGCAUUGGUGUAACUUCAGCUAAUUUUGGAAGCUUGCCAGCAUAAUACAAAACUAGGACUGGAAAAAUUAUCAGCAAACAUUUGGUGUAAGUUGGCAAUUGAUUUGGCAUAUCUCCGGCAUGACAAUAACAUGGAAUUCACCUUGGCCCUUGGGUUGGGGGAGGGAGAGAGCUAUCGUAUUUAUAGCAACUCCUAAGAAUGGCAUAAAAACUGUUAAUGUAUAUAAACUUAGAAAGCUUUCUUGCUUUGGAAUUCCCACUUGGAGCAUUAACCCAUUUAAUUAUUAUCUCACAAAUACUUCCUGUCGUGGAAGACUCCCUUUCACAAGUGUGGAUGAAAGGCUAUUUACUCACAAUUCGUUAGAACCAGCCUGAAAUGCCAAGGAGGGAUCUGUGAUGUAAUUAUAAAAAAAGGCUGUAUUGUAUCCUUUGACAUGCAAAAUGUGGUAUAUAUCACUGGGAUAUAUAUGUUACACAUACACUAUGCAGUAUACCUCCUGUUUAUUUUUUAUUGCAGAGCAGCACAAUUUCAGUGUUAAUGGAUCAAGUGAUGAAAGUAGUGAUCAAACUACUGGGGCUGAAACCAUACUAAAGAAUACUAAAAAGCGUGGCAGACGAGGAAAUUGGACAGUGGACGCCUUGAAUGAUUUCAUUGAUAUAAUUGUUAGCGACGAGUAUAUUAAGAAAAAGCUGAUAUUUACAAAUACCAAAAACCAGAAGAAUGCUGCAAUUUAUGAGAAAAUAUUAACAGAGUUAAAGAAGCGAUGUGCAGAGCGAGGAGAAAAAUUUGAAGCUAAUAUUCAUCAGUUGAGAAAUAAGUUCAAGAAAUGUGUUGCCGAGUGCAAGAAAGCGGCCCUGACAAUAAAAACUGCAACUGGAAUCCAACGAUUUCAGGAUAGCAAAGGUUUUGGUAAUUGGUUUAUCCAGCUUUUCCAGCUCGUUAAGAGCAGGGAUUCGUGUCAACCAGAUCAGGCAGUGGAACCAUCAGCUCAUCUCACUGAAAGUGAAUCAAAAUCGGAGGAUGCUUCCAGCAACAACCAGGGUGCAACAGCCAAACAGUUUAUCUCAAUAAAAACAAAGAAAGCUAAAAAAGAUGAUAUUCUUAAAUCCACACAUGACCUUAUCAAGAAAACCCUAAAAAAUGACAAAACGGAUAGUAUGCUUCAGCUCAUGAAAGAGGAAUUUGAGCAGUCAAGGCAGCAUGAGGUAAAGCUUUUUCAAAUGUUGCUUCAAUCCCAACAGCAACAGCCAUCGACUCAUCCCCAACCAAAUGUAUUUGGGCCCCCAAAUCAGCCAUCUCAUCUGCAGUCAGUUUCAUUACAACCAGCUACUCCAUGGCCCCAAAAUCAGCUACCUGUUGGGCAAGCAGUUAGCAUAGAAUCAUGGGCUCAAAAUCCUUUGGCAAACCAAUACCAAUGGGGAAGUCCUGGAAGCGACUACCCAGAAAACUACUGA